CCCGCGGUCACGUGAUCACCGCGGUCAAACACAAUCACGUGGUUCGACUGGAGAGUCAAAACAACAGGUGUGCUUUCCUGGAUAUGAUUGAUUUAUAAACACCGAGGCGCCGCUGGAGUUCAAUUCAUUCUAACGGAGAAGACACCGCCCCUCCGGGCUGCGCCGUGUUAGCAUAUGAGCGCGAGUCGUCUUCGCGCAUGCGCUGUCCCCCCUACCACGGCAGCAUGGGAGGCUACGUGGAUUGUCACUGUCACAUCUCUGCUCGGGAUUUUGACGAAGACAUAGAAGAGGUGAUUGAGAGGUCAAAAAAGGCUGGGCUACUGGCUCUGCUGGCUGUGGCUGAACAUGCUGGGGAGUUUGACAGGAUUAUCCAGCUGUCACAGAGGUUUCCAGGUUUCAUUUUCCCGUGUUUAGGAGUUCAUCCUGUCCAGGAAGUUUCUCCAGAGCAACAGAGAGGUGCUUCUCUCUCGGACCUGGAUGCAGCUCUGCCGCUCAUAGAGCAGUACAAAGAUCACCUGGUGGCCAUCGGAGAGGUCGGCCUGGACUUCACGCCCCGGUUCGUCCGCGGGGAGACGGAUAAGGACGAGCAGAGACGGGUCCUGGUCCGCCAGGCCCAGAUCGCCAAGACGCUGGACCUGCCGCUAAAUGUCCACUCGAGGUCUGCAGGGAGACCCACCAUCCAGCUUCUGAAGGAGCAAGGUGUCGACAAAGCUCUUCUCCACGCGUUCGACGGGAAACCGUCUGUUGCCAUGGAGGGAGUGAAGGCGGGAUAUUUCUUCUCCAUCCCUCCAUCCAUAAUCCGGAGUGAACAGAAGCAGAAGCUUGUGAAACAGCUGCCGCUGGAGCACAUCUGUCUGGAGACCGACUCCCCUGCCCUCGGCCCAGAAAAACAGGUGAGAAAUGAGCCGAGCAACAUCCACGUCUCGGCCGAGUUCAUCAGCAAGAUCAAAGGUGUGUCGCUGGAGACGGUGAUGGAGGCGACGACGCUCAACGCCCUGCGACUCUUCCCCAGGCUGAAGUCUGCCGUCCGACCCUGACGUUGAUCUGAUUGAUAAAGGACUGUGAUCCGUUAUUUUAAAUUAACUUAAUGCCUCAUUGAACCAGAAAAAGUGUAAAUAAGUAAAAGUUAAUGUAUUAAAAUCUUAAAAGUGUAUUGGAUCUAUCUGAACUUGACUCAUCUCAGAUGACGAAGCCUUAAAGGAGGAAAAGUUG